CACACUCAAAACACUCCACCAUCGAAUGUCCUCCCCACGACCCCAUACCCGCAACCGCCAAAGAAAAGGCUCGUUCUCAUCCUACGGACAUACACCACACCACGUCCAACUAUCGGAUGGUUCAGGCAGCGCAACACCGAGUUCGCCGAGCUCAUUACGGGAGGAGGUCAAAGUCGAGCCGGCGGCGGCGGAGGAAGGGGAGGAGGAAUACGCUCCUGUACGGCUCGUCGUGUUUUCUGGUGGAACGGCGUGUAACGCCCUAACGCCUACCCUUCAAUCACUUUCGUCGUCACAUUGUACGUAUAUCCUUCCCAUCUCCGACAAUGGUGGUUCGACAGCCGAGAUCCUCCGCGUACUCGGUGGUCCCGGGAUCGGUGAUAUACGCUCUCGACUCGUACGACUCAUCCCAGAUCCACCCGGUGUGGGCGGGGAUGCGGUGCGAGUGUUGAUGUCGUACAGGCUCCCAGAGGCAGACAAAGAUCGGGCACGGAUGGAGUGGAACGAGUUAGUCGAAGGCCGUCACGCCCUAUGGAACGGCGUCCCCUCCGAAAAACGCGAACUCAUCCGAUCUUUCUUCUCAGUAGUCGGAAGCGAAAUAAGCAAACGCUCCCGUCCCCCGCACAACACCUUCGACUUCCGUAACGGAUCAAUCGGGAACCUCUUCCUGACCGGAGCUCGCCUAUUCUUCGGAUCCCUCGAAAGCGCGAUUUUUUUGUUCGCGUCGAUUUGUGGGGUGGCGCCGUAUACGAGUGUGUUGCCUGUCACGAAUACGCAAUUUGCGAUGAAUAUUGCGGCGAUAUUGGAGGAUGGGACACUCAUUGCCGGUCAAUCCCAGAUAUCGCAUCCCACACCAACCCAUAUAACACCUCGCGACCCUUCCCAGCCAUCCUCCUCUACCGUCUAUGACACGGAUGAAGAUGAAUUGGCACCACCCGGAACUCUACGCGGCUUGGUCUCGACACCAGACCCCCACGUCCCGACGAAAUCAUCCGCAUCCCUCGCACUCUCGAGUCCGAUUACGAGGAUCCACUACAUCUCCUCCUACGGGCACGAAAUCCUUCCCGCCCCGAACCCGAAAGUCGUCAGAGCCGUCGAGGGGUGCACUUCGAUCAUCUACUCCAUCGGCAGUUUAUACACGAGUAUCAUUCCUACUCUCGUCGUUAGGGGCGUUGGAAGGAGGAUUAAGGAGAGAGAUGUACCAAAGGUGUUAUUGCUGAACAGCACCCCCGAUCGCGAAACAGGCGGAAUGACCGCCACAGACUUCUUGCGCGCAAUCGUCCGCGCAUGUCUCGAAUCCCAACUCGCCGAUACCGGAAUCGUACCCGUUACGGUUUCCCUCGCCACCAUUGACUCCACACCGUGGUCGUCCUACAUUACCCAUGUUGUUUAUUUGAGGGAGAGUAGAGUCAGGGUCGAUGUUGGGGAGAUUAGGGGGAGGGGGGUUGAGUGUAUUGGGAUUGGGGGGAGGAAGAGGAGGGAGGGGUGGGUUUUUGAGGGGGAAGGGUUGGGGAUGGUGUUGGAUGUUGUUUGUGGGGGUGGGCGUAAUGGGCAUGGGGAGGAGGGUGGGAAUGGGGGUGGGAGGGGAGCGAGGGGGGUUGUCGUUGGGGGGAUGGGGUUGGAGAGGAGGAUGACCUUGAAGUGA